UUAAUUAUGGAAGCUGGAAACGGUGAUGAAUACAGUUGUUUGAGACUCUAUGUAUCUGGUACUCAUUAAUUAAUUAUGGCAGAAGCGUCAUAGAAAAAAAAUCUUAUCGCAUCGCAUAGAUCGAGAAGAAGGAAACCACAAUCGCAUAGCAUUAGAUCGAGAGAGAACAAGGAACCAACAAUCGCACAUUUCCACAGCGAUCUCCAAAAUACAAUGUCCUCACUUUCCCUUCUUCUCACCCUCUCGCUUCUUCUAACCACCUCUUUCUCCCAUAGCAGCAGGAAAGAACUACGGGACAAAGAUGAAAAUGUAUUCCACCGAAAUUCUGUUUAUUAUUCCAACAGAAUUGAUCCCUCACGUGUUGUCCAAAUCUCCUGGCAACCAAGGCUAUUUCUUUACAAAGGCUUUCUCUCACAUAACGAGUGUGACUACCUUAUGUCUCUGGCUUAUUCUGUAAAAGAUAAAUCAUCAGCAUAUGUUGCCCAUUCUCAUGAAGAUGAUAUUGUUAAGAGGAUUGAAGAAAGACUUUCAGUUUGGACUUUCCUUCCUAAAGAGAACAGCAAGCCUUUACAAAUAAUGCAAUACGGACUUGGGAAAGAUAGUCAGAACAUGGAUUAUUUCACAAACAAAACCGAUUUGGAAUUAACCGGACCUUUGAUGGCAACGAUUGUUCUAUAUCUCUCGGAUUCUACUCAAGGGGGUCAAAUUAUCUUUCCCGAAUCAGUUAUCAAGAGUAGCAGCUGGUUGAAUUGUGGAAAUACUAGUGACAUUCUCCAACCAGUAAAAGGGAAUGCAGUUCUGUUUUUCUCUCGUAACCUAAAUACAUCGCCCGACAGAACUAGCUUCCACGCUCGAUGCCCUGUCCUUAAAGGCGAUAUGUGGUCUGCUGUUAAAUUCUUCUAUGCAAGAUCAGUUAAUGGAGAGGAAAUCUCAACUACACCAGAUGGAGAUGAAUGUACUGAUGAGGAUGAUAAUUGUCCCGCUUGGGCGGCUACGGGAGAAUGUCAAGGAAACCCCGUCUUCAUGAUUGGGUCUCCGGAUUACUACGGUACAUGUAGGAAAAGCUGUAAUGCAUGCUCUGAUUAGAAGUUGGUUUUCCAUAAAAAAAAAGCAUGAUGUGUUUGCUGUUUAAAUUGAUUAUAGAAUAGGAAUUUUAGUUGAGAUGAUUAACUAGCUAGUUUUCUCAUGAUAUUCUUUAUCAAUUAUGAUAUUCCAUAUUUAACUAGUCAUUAUACCAUUUGCAUUUGAGAAAUGUAUAUGUGGAGUUGUGCAUUUCUUAGAAGUUGCUCAACUACUUUCUGAGCUGAAUAUAGAAAGUAUUUAAAAUUGUACUAUUAGAUUUGACACUAAUGUAGGCUAUGAAUGAA